CAUCAUGUCUCACCAAUGGAUGAUUGGUGAACAUUUCUUAAAUACACAAUUUUUUGUUUCUUUUUUUUUUUAAUUUCUACAUAUACAACUUUCAGAUUUCUAGCCUCCAGCUCAAUUCCAUCAUCCAACAACGUGCUUCUUGAACAAGCACGCAUCGUGUCUUACCAGUACCGACACUGGAUCAACAUUUUUCAUGGCAGCUUUUCAGACCACUCCAUGGAGGUUGAUUUCGGGGAUCUUAGCAGUAACGUGCCUUGUGUUGAUGGCUGCUUUGGGGAUAUUGUUGAAAAAUUUAUUUGCUGAACAAAGUUUUCAGCCAACAUCAUCACCAGGAGGAACCACAGAACCCCAGGAAGGCUCUGGCUCCUGUUCUUGUGAAGGAAAGUGGAUUGGGUAUCGAUGCAACUGUUACUUAAUUUCCAAUGAAAAAAAAACUUGGAAAGAAAGCAGAGAUUUCUGUGCCUCUCAAAAUUCCAGUCUGCUUCAGUUGCAAAACAAAGAUGAAUUGAGUUUCACAAACCACAUUACAUUCCUUUUCUGGAUUGGACUGUCUUACAGUGAAGAACACGGUGCCUGGUUGUGGGAGGAUGGCUCUCCCCUCUCCCCACAUCUGGUUUCAUCCUCUAAAAACAUAAAUACACAGAACUGCAUAAUGUACAGCACAAGUGCAAAUAUACAUGGUGAAGGCUGUGGAAAGACAAGUCGUUCUAUCUGUAAGAAGCAGCUUAUUUAGGUGUUUCUUAGGGCAGAAGGGGUGGCAACAAGGUCCAGUAUUACUAAGAAUGGUAAGUUUACCUCUUAAUAUAUUACUGAUUGUCUACUUCUAAAUGCAUGAAAUGUUUCAUAUUGUUUCCUAUUAUACAAUUGUUUCAUGUAUUCCAAACCUUGUGUUUUAAGGUUGAUGAAAUUGUGCACUUACAGCUAAAAAAUUAAAGCAUCAAGAUAAAUAAUUUCAUAAAUAUUUUGACUUAAUGCAUGAAAGUAUUUUUCCAUAUACAUUGUUGUAAAUUUUCUCUGCAGAAAUUUAAAAAUUUACAUAAUAAAAUUCAUAUCAAUAUGAUUUCAGUCUUGUGUAUGUUAUAAAGUACCAUCUAUACCUCACUUUUCUGGAUGUUAGUUCUUUCUGGAUAUUUAUCCAUCUACAUGUUUCAAUUUAGAGCUAAAAGUGCCAUAGGACAGUUUCCUCAUGUGUGUCAUUCAGCCUCAAGGGGGAGCACAUGUGUGUCUUCUCUUGAUGCUCCUGAGUCCUGCAGAGCAAUCGUAAGUCUUUGGCCAAACAUGUGGAUCCUGUGUGACUGCUUUCAGAUUUGCAAAGGUAAAGGACACAAGCCCUGAUCACAGAAAUUUACAAUAGCUAUUUCUCUACUCCACAGAUGUUUCUUGUCUUAUGCUUAUCCAUCAGUAAAAGUCACUUACAUGUGCACUGAAGAUCUUAAUCGCUAAUUAAUCUCAAAAACUUUUUCCUAAAAGUUAUGUGUAAAAUAAGAACAAUUCCUUUUUUUGUGUGUGGUAGAGGGAGCAAUCCAUUUGACUGAGGGGUUCUGAGUGUAUUGAAGAAGGACUGGGACACAAUGAGUUCUGAUACCUGUGACCUGGAUGGGAUUUCCUGACCUCACAGAUAUCAAAAGCCUGUUCUCUUUUUUUAACUGUUGUUUAGACGCUUUAAAAAAUUUAUA